GCAUAUAUGGUAGCAGUUCAAAGUGUAUUGGAUAAAGGUUUAGUGAUAUUCACACCACUGGUACAAAGUGCCGAACAUAAUGUUGUUCGUGUUAGUAGGGCCAAGGAAUUAAAUCCUGCUGAUAACAGGGUUCUUCAUAUAGCUGGAGGUGAACAUGCCGGGAUCAUCAUUAACAAAUUAUCUAACGAACCGCCGAUGAAGGAGUGCGAUGUGGCUUUGAGUUUUUGUGUUUGGGUGACAGAUGGCGUCAAAAUCAGACAGGAAAACCGACAGUUACGUUUCCGGUUUGAAAAUGGAACUCAUUCUGCGGAGGAGCAUUCCUUAACUCAACAAUUUUUUAAAAAUUUGGUGAAUUCACUUCCAAGAGAUAUUCGAAGUUUUUUCAAAUUUCUUAAAAAAAACUGGGGUUUUUCGUGUAAUAAUAGGUUUUUAGAUUAUGCUUCUUUCUUAAAACGGAUCUUAAAGCUUGUUCAAACUGGUUAUUGGCCAAUAGUUGAAGUUGAAGUUGAUAUGCAACUUGUUAAAGCGGAAGAAGCUAUGCAAAUGCCUGACCCUAAGGAAUACGACUCGGAUUCUGAAUGCGAAGAUGUCAAUAUCGGCCACGUAAAAGAUGUACUGGAACAUGCAUAUCCAAAUGGGCUCUCAGUGGAUGUUGUCGCUGAAGCAUUACGUUGCACUGCAGAAGAAGUGGAGGCUUUCUUGGAAGAACUCGAGAAACAAGGAUUGGUUAAGAAAGUUGAAAAUGAGUGGAUUCGUGUCGACCCCGUUAAUGGUCCGUCAUCUGAUUUAUUUUGUUCAGUAAUUUCAUAUCUAUUCCUUGAGCUCAAAGCGGUGCAGACGAAAAUGUCUGAGGAAGUUAUGAACCAGCCACCUACAACCUCCAUGCGUGACCAUCAACCAACUAUAGCAAUUAUAACAUGUUUGUUCGUUGAAAAGCAGGCUGUGGAUGCUAUUAUUGAUGAGAGCACCACGAUGCAUCGAUACCGUUCUGGUGGGGAUUCCAAUAUCUAUACGCUUGGGUGGAUUGGACCACAUCGUGUGGUUGCUACGAAAUUAGCUGUUAUAGGUGACAGCCGUGAGGCGACUACGUCAGCAGGAUCAAUCACAACUCGACUGUUGGGGAAUUUUCAAAAUAUUGAACAUGUUUUUAUCGUAGGAGUUGGAGGCGGCGUAGCUCAUUAUACAGACGCUGAAAAGCAUGUUCGUCUAGGUGACGUAGUAGUAAGCUCUUCAGACCCUGAUGCAUAUGUGUUUGCCCACUCUUACACAAUUAAUAGGCAAACUGAGGCUGUUGAUGGAUUUGUUGUGAGGAAAUGGAAUCCUAAGGAUACCGUUAUUUCCCAAAUUGUUCAAGGAAUGUGUGUCUAUCGUUUGAUGGAUUGUCGUGUGCCAAUUAUUGUAGGUUAUUUUAGAGAUGACAAGUUCAAUGCGGAAUGGUCUGUUACAGCCAAAGAAAUGAGUGAAAAACUGAGUUCUACGUUGCCGGAUUUUAAUUUGUCUAGACCAGAAGCUGAUCUUUUGACGCUUUCUGUCGGAGGAGGCAAUAUGGUUGUUGUUCCGCAUCCAAACCAGGAAAGAAGUUAUCCUGUGGUACACGUUGGACCGAUUGGGGCUAUGGCUGCAUACAAGAAACAGACGCUGGAUGACCAAGCGGCAGGUGACACAGCUAGGGAUGCUGCAUCUCAUCUACGGGAUCGUUUUGCUGCUGAAUACGGACUUCGAGCAGUUGAUGCUGGUUUUGAUUCGGUCGUUGCAGCAGUGAGCGGCUCGCGUAUUGACAGUUGGGCACUUGUUCGUGGAAUAGCCGAUUAUCAACAUGGUCAGAGUCGUGUUGGUCGUACUUGGCAGUUGAGUACUUAUAGCCAGUUGUAUUUGUGGUACUCGUCAAUGUCCGUUAACCUAACUUCUAAUUUUUUUCGCCUUAUUUGCCACUUUCGGCGCCAAGAUUUGAAAAAUUAUAAGGAAGAACAUGACAAGUUAUAUUUGGAAGCCAAAAAAACCACCAAUCAUGCGGCUGUUAUCUCACAUUAUUAUUCGGUAAUGUCAGCAAUUAUUGAGGAAUAUUUUAACGGUAACUUUCACUUUGUUCCUCCUCAAAAUAAUCGACAAACUCUUGAAGAAGCGUUGAAAUGGCUCCAUGUUAGGAUUGCAAGAAGUUUGAAAUUGCAGAACGGCACAAAGUGUCUUGAUAUCGGCUGUGGGAUUGGCGGUGUAAUGAAGGAUUUGGCUUACACCGAUGCCAAAAUAACUGGUAUUACAAUCGCUGCUAAUGAGGUUUUAAUUGGCAACAAAAUUUUUGAAAAGGAAGGAAUCAAAAACUGCUAUAUAAUAGAAGGCGACUGUCAUCAAAUUCCACUGACUGACGGAAGUUACGAUGCUGCUUAUGCUAUAUAUUCUCUGAAAUACUUUGUGAAAUUGAAUCCCGUAUUUUCCGAAGUUAGUCGGGUACUUAGGUCUGACGGACUUUUUGCAGUUUAUGAUCUGAUAAAAACUGAAAAUUACGAUCCAAACAACGCUCAGCAUCGAGAAAUUGUUGAGGGUCUGGAGUAUGCUUGCGGGAUGCCAUCAUUGCAUUCUAGAAAUGAAAUGGUAGAGGAAGCUGAAAAAUGUGGCUUCAGACUUAUAGAUGAGAUUAAUCUUGACAAGGAAACAGGAUAUCCUUUCCAUUAUUGCUUCUCCAGCUCAACUUUUUUUAUGUGGCUUUUAAGGUCGGCUUUGAUUGCUUGGCUGAUAUCGGUUGGCGAAUUCUUGCAUAUUCUGCCGACGGGCUUUGGCGAAUUUUUUAAAGUUUUCUUGGCUGGUACAGUAACGAAAAUUGUUGAUGGAGGAAUUAAUGGGAUACUGUCUGGCGGAGAGAUCUUGAUUUUUCAAAAGAAGUAA